AUGGGUGCUAGGCGUCCUGGCUUUGCACCAUUUGCAGGUGCUCGCAUACACCUGUCUCAUAGAGGCAACUUGCACGAGAUGAUAACUCUUAUACAUCAAAAUCUUCCUCCUGCGGUCUUUUUUCCUGGUGAUGAUGUUGCUUUACUGGUUGACCAUCAUACUGAUAUGCACUUGGACACUGAAGAUAUGUCUUAUGAGGAGCUUCUUGAAUUAGGUGAGCAGAUUGGCAAUGCAAAAUCGGGUUUAUCAGAGAAAACAAUUACUAGUCAAAUGAAGACCAAAACUUAUAUACUACCUACUAAUGCAACUAACUUGGAGGAGGCAGCUUAUAAGGAACAGGAAACUGAUCUCUGCAUAAUAUGCCUGGAAGAAUAUAAGAACAAAGAGAAUAUUGGAAUUCUUCGAUGCGAGCACGAAUAUCACGCAGAUUGUUUUAGGAGAUGGUUACUUGAGAAAAAUGUCUGCCCCAUGUGCAAAUCAGUAGCAUUGACUCCUGGAGAAAAACAAUGAGAUUUACAUGUCUCUCUGUUCCUA